AUGGACUCUGGCCAGCUGCCGUCUCGAAGUUAUAUUCCCAAGAGUCCCCAUGGACCAUUCCCUUAUUCACCGGCAGAUCUGACGCCUAUGGAUGUUGGGAAUGAUUCCUCGUUCUACAAUGUGCCUCGUUUUGUCACCCAUAUCGACGACAAUGCAAUCCUCAACCUGAGAAAGUACUAUGACAGCGUUCUACCUCGGCAAGGACGAAUCCUAGACUUCUGCUCCAGCUGGAUCUCUCACUAUCCGCCCGAGGUCCAAGAUGCAGCAGCUGCAGGGACACUGGACGUACUCGGCGUGGGCAUGAAUGCACCUGAGCUGAGCAAAAACCCGGCGUUGAAGGGCUGGGCCGUGCAGGAUCUCAAUGAGGAUCCCGAGGUACGACUGCCUGGAUCUAGGGAAGGAAAUCUUGACGCUUCGACAUGCGUCGUCUCAAUCGACUACCUGACGAGACCGGUGGAGGUUUUGCAGAGCAUUCGACGGCAGACGAAUGAAGGAGGCCAAGUGCAUUUGAUUGUCUCGAGCAGAUGCUUCCCAUCCAAAGCGGUAGGCCGUUGGCUGGAUGUGGGCGAGGAGGAAAGACUGGAUAUGGUCGGCGACUAUCUAUGGUGGAGUGGAUGGCGCAACAUUGAGAUUCAAACGCUGGUGGUAGGGACCUGGAGGAGAGAUCCCUUGUGGGUGGUCAGAGGAGAGAAUAUUGCCAAAAGUGCAGGCACACCUGUGGGAAGGGUACUCGUCUAG